AUGGGGCAGGGCAUGGUCUCGACAGUAAAGAGUGUGAUUGAGGAGGAAGAGGAGGCCGAAUUUUUGAAUAAAGAUCUUAGCCGUAUGGCCGAGUGCGACACUUUUACUAUAGGAGAGCAGUUUGAGAUUUCCCCUCAGAAGCAUCGGGAAAGCCAGGCGCAUCAAGAGCAGGUCUUGGCACUCACGGAGGCUCAUCUGGACUACUAUCAGCUGUUCUGUGAUCCGUCCGGUUAUAGGAGGCUCUAUGCGAUGAAUCAUAGGACGGGUGAGCUCGUAUUUGGUCAGUACUUUCUGAGAGAACCCCAGAGGUUAACAGAGAUGGCCAAGGCACUCAGUCUGAUCCAUGGCGAAGCGAAGCUCCCUCAGGGAAUGAUUAUUUGUAAAGCUGUUCCGAACUGGUUUAGUCAUUUCGAGUAUUAUGUUAAGAACGCUACUGGCAGAGACAAGUUCGAGGAGUGGAGGACAAACAAGGACAAGCGGCUUUCUUCCCUGCAGAAAAUUGCCCUCAGAAGUCAGAAUGGCGAAAUGGUUUAG